AUGAAGCCCGCCUUCGCCGCCACCCUAUCGACCUUGUUCACCUCCCUCGCCAGCGCCGGCGUCGUCAUCACGACCAUCACCCCAGACCAGGUCGUGGCCAAGUCUGGCGGAGACUGCUUCUUCGGCGUAGCGACGCCGAGCGGGAUGCGGGUGAGCCUCUACGCGGUUGACCUCACCUGGAAGAACAGUGCCUACCUAGUCCGAGACGAGGCGGAAGUAAUAUGGGGGCUGGAUGAGUAUUAG